AUGGUAGAAAUAUACCCACCAGCUGAAGACACCCCCAGCUCCAAUGAUGCGUCGAAGGUCCCCGCCCAGGGCCGGGCACCAGGGCAAGCACCAACCCACAUCCCGGCAGCACACCAGCCAGGACCCACGCCCCCCAGGUCCAGCCGGAACCCCAGCCCAGAAGCAGUGCGCCCCCAGGACCCCCCCCUGGACCUAUCUCCGCCGACAUGGGCCUUUCCAGUGGUGUUGCGUGCGGCCGCCAGGCCGGCAACCUACGUCCGCCGACAUGGAACCGCAAUAAACUUCUGUCCUGAAGCAAAUAUUAAUAACUUCACGUUUUCAAAGACGUUUUUCGGACAAGCGGGGUAUUCAGUGGAGGUGUGUCCUCCAGGAAGUAUUAAUGGUGGACUUCCAAAAGCCAUGGCUUGGUGUAAAAAUCUCAAUUUUGCUGCACCUCAGGAGGUGAACUGUAGUUUGACUCUUGAUACCAUCGAUAUAGAUCUUAAAAAUGCCAGUCCUGAAGAAAGGCAGAUUUUGGCCUACAACACCCAAAUCCUCACUUCCAGACCAGAGAACCUAACCUCACAAAACAUCAGCACUGCAGCAAAGAUAGUCAGCAGUCUGCUUAUGAUCAAAAACAGCAGUCAGGGUGUCUUACUUGCAGCCAUCACCACAGUCAGUCAGCUACUCAACGCUAACAUGAAGCAAUUCUACAGCGUCACUUCUGAUUCCAUCACCAAUCUCACCGAAACGUUGCAGAACUUUGCCUUGAUGCAGAGUGAAACUGGAUCAGCGUUUGUGCAACCGAACAUCGCCAUAGAGACAUAUAACGUGUCGCAAAGUUUAGAAAUCCAAAUAACUGUUUUUUCAGCUUUAACAAAUGAUGGUAACCAAGGAACUUUACAUGGACAAUAUGAAGAUUCUUCGGACACUUUCUCAGCCAACAGAAUAAAGAUAAAUGAUCAACACAAAAACUUUGACCAGUUUCCCAUCAAUCUCCAGAUGAACAUUAAGCUUAAAGAAGACCCAGUGAGUCAAGGCACCAAAAUUGGCUUUGUGCUGUACAACAACGAUCAGUUCUUCAGAUCUCAGAUCUUCCAUCCUACACUGAACAUCAAGAGAAAAGUGAUUGCUGGAAGGUUGGGAAAAGAAAAAGUCCUUGACUCUGUUGAGUUCAGAGUGAGGGCCCAGAAUGUGUCUUCUAUGCGCCUCUAUGAUUUCGCAUGUGUGUUCUGGGAUUAUUACAAGAACGAUUGGAGCACAACCGGCUGUAAUAAAAAGCAGAGUUCGGUUUAUCAGAUCUGUAAAUGUGAAGGCAUGCCAAACUUGGCCAACUUUGCCAUGUUGAUGAGUUUCAGCUCAAACCCUGAAAUAAUCCAGGAUUUAAAUCUGAUCAGCAUGAUCGGCUGUGCUCUAUCUGUCGUGUGUUUGAUCAUCACGGUGAUAUUUCAGAUCCUAACCAGGAAUUCAAGAAGACCCAGUCCUACCAUCCUGAUGGUCAGCAUCUGCAUCUGUAUGACCAUUGUCUACCUCAUCUUCAUCUUUGGAAUUAAAAACCCGACCGCCGACUCCGACUUUGCCCCUUCAAACAACAAUGAAGUUCCUCCAUCUGAUGUCUCUCAAGAACCAGACCAUGGGCUGUGUACAGCUGUAACCGCACUCCUUCAAUACUUCCUGUUAGCAGCAUUCACUUGGAGCUCACUGUACGCCGUGCACAUCUUCCUCCUGAUCAAAAACACCUUUUCAGGGCUACCUCGAUACUUCAGUGUUCUAUCCAUUAUAAUAGGCUGGGGCUUUCCAGCAGUGGUGGUUGGAAUCUCUUUAGGAAUCACGUACCGCAAAAGUAACCCAUUAAACUACAGACAGGAGGCAAUUUGUUGGCUGGCAGCACUGGACAAGAAUAACACACUUGAUAUGAUGAAGCCCAUGCUUUGGGGUUUUCUUCUUCCUGUUGGUAUAAUGCUCCUGCUAAACAUCUCAGUACUCUUUUACUUUUCAUACACCACCUGCAGAACCAACCCCGACCUCAACAGUUCACAGGUCACACCUUUUCGAAGUAAAUUGUUGGGCUGCAUUUCCAUGUCAGUGGUUCUUGGUCUGUCCUGGGUAAUCGGCUACUUCCUGCUCCUGGAGAAGAAUUACAUCAUGAGCACUGUGCUCAGCUUUGCCUUCUGUCUGUGUAACACUACUCAGGGCAUCCAGAUCUUCGUGUUGUUCACAUUAAAAACAUCAAACUUUAAGAAGAAAGUUCUGGCAGUUUUCAAGCUCAUCAGGCCUUCUGUAUUGGCAAGCCGCAGAAAGGCGUUCGAUACGGCAGACACAGCAGAACCUAAGUCUGCUCUCUCAAAAAAAUAAAACU